GGAGGGCUCAGAGCUGAAUCGAAAGCACUUUGGAUCCCGAGAUCAAACUGAAAAAAGUGAUCGGAGGGAGCCUCGCUACUGGAAUCUCUUCCCAACCCUCCCACCCUAGGAGGCCCCAGAGCCAGGAUAGGAGUGGGAGGGGAGGGGUCCCAGUCCCCACUGUGCCACUGCUGGGCAUCCAAGAGGAAAGGAGCAGCAGUUGGUCACACCAGACCUGGGUAAAGCAGGGGCAGAGCUAGCUUCUGCCCCCCAUGGGGAGCAGCCUCAGGCCUGAGCCCUGGCUGACAGCAGAGAUCGGCAACUAGAAGAUGCCAUUUUCAUGGCUCCUCCUGCUCUUCUCCUUGGUUCUUGGUAGCAGGCUGUGGGUCCUCUCUUUGGAGAAGUUGGCAGGAUCCCAUGAUGAUGCUCGAUGCUCUCAGGGUCUCUCAUGUCACCUUUGGGAUGAUGUGCUCUGCCUACUGGAGAGAAUCGAGCCCACCAAAGACCCUGUGCUGGUGCCCACAAAACUACAGACAGAGGUGGUCCUUCGAUGCAGGGAAGAGAAUAACUGUGUCCCCUGUGUUCGAGUGAUCCUUCACCUAACAGUGCAGGAGCCUAGGAAGGAGGAUCCUGAGGAGGGCGGGCUCCGAGAAGAUGCUGAACUAACAUCUCGACCUUGGCCGAGGAAUGAAUCUCUCCAUGCAAAAGUCAUAAUCUCCUUCCAGGCCCACCUCUCUGACCGAUGUGUCUUGGUGGAGGUAGAGGUGCCUGCGGCCAUGGUACAGCCAGGCCAAAAUGUGGGCUCACUGGUAUUUGACUGCUUUAAAGCACCAGUAGGGGGGGAAGUACGGAUCUGGUCAUAUACUCAGCCCCCCUACCAGAAGGAACUCAAUCAUACAGAACAACUACCAGAUUGCAUCAGGCCUGAACUGCAGGACAGCGUCCCGAGCUGCUGGGGUAUAGAAUGGAGUGGGGUGCUGCCCUGGUUCAAUAUCUCAGCCGAAGGGGAUGCUAUACAGCUGGUGUUGGAUGUCUCCGCUGAGCAGAACUAUGUCCUCUUUCUUUACUGGAACCAGACCCGGAAUUUCAGCACAAGGUUUCAUGAAGUCCUGACAGGACCACAGAAUAUCACUCUCAACCAAACGGAUUUUGUUCCUUGCCUCUGUAUUCAGAUGUGGCCAAAUGUGCAAGAUGCUAUCAGAAACAGCCAUUGCCCCUUCUGGGAGGACCCCAGGGCCCACAAGAAUCUGUGGGACCACAGCAAGCUGAAGCUGAAGUUCUGGGGGACGACAGGCCUCAGCUGGAUGGUGGAGGCACCCUGCCCCUUGUCUGCAGAGACUGUUCUCUGUUGGAAGCCCAGGGACAGUGAACUCUGCCACCCACUGCCUCUGCCCCUGCCUCGGGAGAAUGUCACUGCAAACAAAUCCCAGGACCUCCCUCUGCUGACUGUCCAACCCAAUAUCUGUGUGCAGGUGUGGAGUGGGGGAAAGCUCCAGAUUCAGGAGUGUCCACAGGAGGAUAUUCUGGGCCCCCUAAAGGAUGACAUGCUGCUGCUGGAGACUUGGGGGCCUGAGGGGAGGCACUCCUUCUGUGCCAUGGAGACCAGUGGGUGUACCCCCCUGCCAAGCACAGCCCACACGAGAGCAGCCCUCCUUGGAAAACAGCUUCUUCAAGACAUACAGUCGGGUCAGUGUGUGCAGUUGUGGAAUGACACAGGGAUCUUGUGGGCUUGCUCUCUUCAAAAGUACACCCAUGAGCGUUGGGUCCUGGUUUGGCUGGCCUUCCUAAUACUAACGGCUUGUAUCCUGCUGCUCCUCCUGCUCAACAGAGACGGUAUGAAAGGGUGCCUGCAAUUCUUGAAGGAGGAUUACCGCUAUGGGGGGGCUGCCCGUGGCCGCCGAGCCCUUCUUCUCUACUCUCCAGACCAUGCCAGCUUGGAGCGCCUCGUGGCCACCCUGGCCACAGCCCUUGGGCAGCUGCAGCUCUCGGUGGCUGUGGACCUGUGGCACCGCCGGGAAUUAAGUGCUCUGGGUCCCCUGGCCUGGUUCCACGCCCAGCGUCGCCAGGCCCUGCAGGACGGCGGGGUGGUCAUCCUGCUCUUUUCCCCGGGGGCAGUGGCGCUCUGCCAAGAGUGGCUCCAGGAGGCGGGCGCUGCCCAGCCCCCCGCGCCCACUCCGGACACCUUCGCUGCUUCUCUCAGCUGUGUGCUGCCCGACUUCUUGGAGGGCAGGGCGUCGGGGCGCUACGUGGUGGCCUGCUUCGAGCAGCUGCUCCCCCCGCAGGGCAUACCCGAUCUCUUCCACGCCGUGCCCGUCUUCUCUUUGCCCUCACAGAUGCCUGACUUCCUGAGGGCGCUGGUGGGGCCCGGGAAGGGGCACCACGACACUUGGAGGGCUCACGCCACGCGAGUGAGUCAGUACCUCCAGCCUGCCCUGGAGGAGUGCGUGCAGCUGGGGUCAUCGUCCUGUCUGUGACCCUGCCCUGGCCCCUGGACAGGAGGCCCGAGGACAGCGGCCGGCCUCUGGAUCUGCAUCCACACGUGGGGAGCAAAGGUCGCCUCCCCACUGUAAAUCCCGCCCAUCAGUGCCUGAGAACGUGUGGACUUGGUGGGGACAGGAACCCCUGCUUGGGGCUGCGCGGGCAUAGCUGGGUGAAUAAAGAUAGAAUUAUUUUUGUA